UGCUUACAAUAGAGUUAGUUUUAUUGCCAGCUUCUGAUUAUGGAUGUUUUUACUAUCACAGAUUCCUCAGAUGACGAAAGUUGCAAUUCUAAUAAGAGCUUUGAAUUGCCAAUUAUAGUCCAUGUAGAAAGUACUUCGAAAAAUGAAAAUGCUGAUUAUCAAAAAAAUGGAAUUAUAAAGAAGAUAGGUGAUUGUACUCUUACUUUAAGGAAACAUCGAACAUCUGAUGUCAUUGAAAUCAUUGAGGAUAGUGAUGAUGAAAGUAAAUACAACAAUAGUUUACAAAAGACAAUUGAAUCUAAUGAUAGGUUAUUUGUUACUUCAUCUAUAGAAACAAACCACCAGAAUGUUAGCUGUUCAGUUAAUGCAAGAGUUCCAUUAUUGUCUUUAAAAAGCAAUAAUGAUAUUCAAACAACAAAAAUUAAUAUAUCUGCAACACCAAACAUUAGAAAAUCAAAUAAUUUGGUAAUUGGAAAUAGUAAAAUCACUGAUAAGAAACAUAUUACACCAAAAAAAUUAGAAGAAAACAUCAUAUCAUUGAUAGAAGAUUCAGACAGCGAUACAGAACCAAUUUCAAGUAAAAAACCCAAGUUAGAACUUAAGAGUAAAUUUAAGGAAGAGAGAACUCUGCCUUUGAUAGCAUUCGUCAAGGAUAAACCUGAAGAAUCAACAAAUCAUGUAGAUAAAAUUAAAAAAAUAAAUGAUGUAUCAACAAUUAAUUCUGUGGUAAAGGUAAAGACGGAAACAAUCAAGAAAAAUGCUGAUUUACGAACUGAAAAAUCAAAUAGUAUUAAUGAGGCUGCAAUUCACAGAAAUGAUGAGGCUUUUAAAAACUUUCUACAAGCAUGUAAAGAAGUUGAAAAUGAUUUUAUAGAAGAAUUACGGGCCAGAAAAGUGACCGUAAAAGCAGAAAGUACUACAAGUGCCACUGAAUGUGAUGAUAACAGGUUAGAUCCCAUAAGCAAAAAUAAGGAAGAAAAAAUUCACAGACUUGAAAGUGCAUUGAGAAAAAUAAUUAAGAUAUUAAAGAAUCUAGAAGAAAAAGAAGUUGAUUUUGAUGAUGAAUAUGAUUUUACAUAUCUGCUACAAGAUAGAUAUGAACGUCGAAUGAUAAAAAUCUACAAUAAACUCUGUGAAAUAACUGGUGAACAGCCAAGUGCAGGCCGUGCAAUAAAACGUAAAAUUUAUGUAGCAAUCAGUACUCACCAAUCCAUUAACAAGGCUGUUCAAGAUUUUGUUAAUAAAAAAAAGGAGUUUCCUAAUUAUCAAGAUAUUCUGAAAAUUGUAAAAUCGUCCAAUGAACUAGAGUCAUUAAAAAUGAGUAAUGCUGCUGAAGCACUUGAAGCCCGGAAAGUUUUUGAGCACAUAGGAAGUGAAUUGCAGAGGAGGCGGCAAGCAGAUUAUUAUUUAUCAAUAUUAGAUUAUCUUCAAAGUGAAACUGAUCCUGCUGAAAAAGAUCCUUCUCUUAAAAAUCAACUUAAGAAAAAUUAUGAUGAGAAUAAACAUAAAAUUCCGGAAAUAAUUAAUAAGUAUGUAGAGAAGGCUGAAAGCAUAGGCUUGAAAGAAAAAGAGGUCGAUAGUGAUCAAGCAAAGAGCGAUGACGAAAAGGAAUCUGAAGCAGAAGAAAGCGAUGGCUCUAGUGCAGAUAUUAUUUAA